CUGCUGACAGCCAAUCAGAGCAGCUGUGCUCCAGAUCCUGACAGAGAACAAAUUCUGGUCACACAGGAGGUUCUAAAGGAACAUAAGAUCAGUCUGAAGAGGAAAUGUGAAUGUGUGACUGAAGGAAGUGAUGUAACAGGAAGUAGAAUCCUCCUCAACAUGAUCUACACUGAUCUCUACAUCACAGAGGGUCAGAGUGAAGAGGUUAAUACCCAACAUGAGGUGAAGCAGCUGGAGAGAGCUUCCAAGAUCCAGAACCUCCAUGACUCUCCAAUCAGGUGCCAUGACAUCUUUAAAUCCUUCUCUGACCAACAUGGAGCCAUCAGAGUGGUUCUGACCAACGGCGUCGCUGGUGUUGGAAAAACCUUCUCAGUGCAGAAGUUCACUCUGGACUGGGCCGAGGGCUUAAAGAACCAAGAUGUCAGUGUGGUGGUUCUGCUGUCCUUCAGGGAGCUGAACCUGAUCAGAGAUGAGCAGCACA